AUGGAUUGUCCCGACCUGGACCAAGUAUUCUCUGAAUUGGCCUUCUCGCCUAUGACACUUGCGUUCGAAGAGACUGAACCGGUGUCAUUGGAAAGACAAAGAUCUCUAUUCAGCUCUUUGCAAGAAUCACUAAGGAGAGCCGAACAGCAAUGCAGCAGCGAGGCCUUCCAAGGUGACGAAAAGAUUCUCCAUGAACUGUGGAAAUGCAGAUCACAGUACAUGCUGCCGGCCGCCGAGAUCUUGGCCAAUGGAAGCCGGAAGGCACCUUGGCGCAUCUUGUAUGGACAAGCUGGUGUGCUGGACUUCUUUCUCCAGCUUGUAGCAUCGACAGAGAUCAUUGAUGAUGAUCUCAUCUUCCACUCGCUGCGAUUAGUAGGCAAUUCCUGUGCUGAUACUAAUGAGAACAGAGAGAUUCUAAUUAGAAACAACUACUUCUCUGCCAUUGUACGACACCUUACCAACGAAAAGCUUAUACAGGUAGCUAUACCUGUUCUCUAUAAUAUAUGCAUUGAGUUCGAACCUGCCCAGUCACAGCUUGCUGCCAAUAGGAUUGUCUAUAUCCUCUUGACGUUGUUGAGACAAAAUGCUUUUGCGAAGCAUCAGGCUCUACUCGACUACGUCUAUGAGCUUAUCGAAAUGGUUGGAGAACAAGAACAAGGCAUUGCCUUAUCUCCAGAUGCGACAAUAUUGCUUAUUCUAGAUCUGCUGAACGAUGAGGUGGCUAUCUCUUCUCCAGCGCACUUUACAUCUCUCGUCACCUGCCUCGGGACAUAUUUGAGCAAUAAGCGAUUUCAAACCGUAUGCCUGUCGCAUGAUCUGGUGGCCACACUUUUGUCAGUGCUAGAACGGUCUUUAUCUUUCAAAGAUGAUGAGUUUUCUAAGGAGGACAUUCAUGCCUUGGCACAGGCUCGGCUGAAGAUAAACCAAACACUGGCUGAGAUAUCCGCAUUGCCUCUAUUCGCAGAGAUUUACCCUCUCGACUCCCCUCUUGUGGGCCGAUUGAAAACUUGGUUGACGUCAAUGGAGGGUCAGCUUCAGAUCUGCUCUUGUGUGGUUCUCGGCAAUCUAGCACGAUCGGAUGCAGUCUGCGAGGAAAUGGUUAACAAGCAUGACAUCCAUAAAGCGCUCAUCUUGCUCCUGAAAAGCGAAGCUCGGGGCGCAGUCCUUCACUCUGCACUCGGGUUCCUGAAAAACCUGGCAAUUGCCGGCAAUAAUAAACUCCGGCUAGGAGAGGCAGGCUUGAUUGCUGCUGUUUCAGGUCUCUGGCAGUAUGAGACAGUCCCCCAGGUCCAGUUUAUUGCAAUUAGCAUCACGCGACAGGUGAUCAUUUCCUCCGUGGGCAAUAUCGCUCGAUUGCUCGAGGAUGCCCCCGGGACCGAGAAGGAGUUCGGGCCUGAACGGAAGACAUAUUUUUCAAUGCUCCUCGUGCUGUUCGAAAAAACAGACUCGACUCCCAUCAAAACAGAGAUCGGGCGCACCGUGGCUUCUAUAUGCCGCACUUUGAUUCCCAAGGUGCGUGAAAAGGAUGCCGUUGCCGAGGAUCUCCUCAAGAGGACUUUCAAGCUGCACGUCGAGACCCCGCUUCCAGUAGGUGCCAUGGUUACUCAGUCACAGUGGCCGGUUGUUCGAAGCGAGGGUUGGUUCACUCUUGCUUUAAUGGCAUCUACACAAGAUGGUUUGGCAGCGGUCUCGAAAUGUAUAGAGAAGAUGAGUGUUCUGCCAGUGUUCGAAGAAGUGUUUGCCACAGAUCCUACGGAUUCCACAGAGGCAGAAAAUAUGCAACUCAAUAAAGAUUGCGGCAACAUUAUCGUGUUUUUGCAAGAGUUACUGAAGGGUGAUCAAUAUAUCCUCCCGGACUCUUUAAGAAGUGCCGUGCAAGGCCUGAUGGACCGUCAUGCCUCGAGACAUCUCCAGCUUACUAAUUGA